UCCUUUCCCCACCAAAUUGUUCUCCUCGUACCUCUAGUUCUUUUCGGCGCAACCUUCCCCUACCACCAUGAUAGGACGCCGUCCCUCCAUUGUAAUAACUAUAUUAGUCAAAUCAUAUAACUCACUGAAAUUUUACAAAAACUAUAUUCGAUUACUAUUAAAAAUUCAUUUAAAAAAAUCAUAAUGACUAUGCAGUGAUUGUAAUUUCAAAGUGAAGUUGAGUUCCCAUAGUACUCCACUGUCUCAAACAAACAUAGCAUUAGCAAGUUUUCUUUGGUAAUAUUAAUCAUUUUCCCAAGCAAAUAACCACGUCAGCGGCUGCUAUUAUGAACAUCGGCGCUGCUGCUUCCUUAACCUUACAACAACAACUAUCACCCUUUCUCCCACUCGCAUCCCGCGCGUGCAAUCAAAGCGCCACUCUCUCCUUCUCUUCACCUCCUCUUCUCUCUCUUUCUAAAACCCGCCAAAUACUCUCUCUAUCCGCCAUGUCUUCUUCUCCGAUCACCUUCACGGAACUCAUCGACGACUCUCACUUCGACUCAAUCCUCUCUCCCGACGCUCUCAUCUCCAUUUGUGGCUUUGGCUCUCUCCUCUCCGAGCGGAGCGCACGAAGCACUUUCCCCGAUUUGCUCAAUUUCAGAGUUGCAAAGUUGAAUCACUUCCGUCGCGUAUUCGCUCAUGUUGCUCCCGUUUUCUUUGAACGCGGUAUUGCCAAACCAGAAACUAUGGAGAUUUCAAGCUUGAGUGUGGAACAAUGUGAAGGAGAAACUCUUGUUGUAACAGUGUUUGAGAUAAGAAAAUCAGAGAUUCCAGAUUUUAUCAAGAGGGAGGUUGAGUUUCGGUUUCUUGCUGUUCUUCCUGAAACGCUUGAUGGCAAGUCUUUUGAUUUUCCUGCGGUACUUUGUGCCCGGUAUAGUGAUGAGGAAUUUUUCAAUAUUAGAUGUAAAGGAAACAAGGAGAUUUUUUUUCAGCAAUAUGGAAGGUGGAAUAUUGAUAAAAUUUGGAGAGACGAUGUUUUGCCUUGCCGUGUAUAUCUUCGACACUGUGUACUGGCAGCAAAGAAUCUUGGUGACAAAGCCUACAACAACUUUUUGGAUCACACCUAUCUUGCGGAUCGUAAAACAACCAUUCGUGAAUACUUGGCAACAACAGGUUUUGGCAUAAUGGAAGAGGAACCCCCUGAAUCCCUCAAGUUCCGCUAUGGUGGUUGAUAAUUUCAUCACUCAGUUUUUGCUGCUUUGAUAUCUCAAUGCCAAGGAAUAAAAGAUGAGCUUAACGUUUUCAUGUCAAUAGUAAAACAAAAUAUCUAUUCAUUAAUAUAACAUUCAUGCUAUUCCUCUGACUUGCUGUAAGUUUUGAAUAUCAAGCUUAAAAUAGCAUUCAACAGAACCUACUUGGUGUGUGUACAACUUUCUUUUUUAAGAAAGAAAUAUUCAUUGGGGUGUACAUCAUCAUCAUAUAUACAUUAGAAAAUUUCCUCUCAAGACAAUAUAACUGAAAUCUAUAUUCGUUAAUGA